UUAGGAGAGUAAAAUGUGUUUGACAGGAAUCUGAACGAGAGGAGGGGGCGGCGGCACACGAGUGGAAAUCCGCACCUUCAAGAGAUCGCCAUCACUUUUCUCCCCCUCGUCAAUCUCCAGUCGCGUGCGGUGCGUUAACGGCUGGGAGGCGAAUGCGGUGAAUUAUUAGGAGGCUCAGCAACAGGGCACACAGAGUACAGGAUGCCGCUGAGUGAAUCGACCCCGCGCGCGGGGAGCUCCCGCGACUAGCGCCGCGCAAAGUAUCCAAAAAGGAGAAUGCGAAUGGUUAGAGAGGACAGCAUUCAAUUAAUAUGGAAACGAUGUAGCUUCACCGCCGCAUUGCAUAUAGCUCGGGGAAACAGGUUAGAAAGUAGAUAGCUAAACAAGGCGCAUUUUGCCGUCAUACAUGCAAACUUAACGUUACUCAUCCUCGAGCUCAACUAGCCUGUAGUUUGGCCGCAACAAAAGGAACAGCUGCUCGACAGUGUCUUCAGAUACCAAAGAAGACGGAACAACUGAAGAUGUUACGGAGGAGGCUCAACCGAUUGUGUGGAGGAGACGAGAGGCGAGUGGACAGCAGGACAAUCUAUGUAGGACAUCGGCCGUGUCCGGACACCGAGGCCUUCAUCCCCCCCAAAUUCUGUGACAACAGGAUUGUGUCCUCCAAGUACACCGUGUGGAACUUCCUGCCAAAGAACCUGUUCGAGCAGUUCAGAAGAAUUGCAAAUUUUUACUUCCUCAUCAUAUUCCUGGUGCAGGUGAUUGUUGAUACCCCGACCAGCCCUGUUACCAGUGGUUUACCUCUGUUUUUUGUCAUCACAGUGACGGCCAUCAAACAGGGUUAUGAGGACUGGCUGCGGCAUAAAGCAGACAACGAGGUGAACAAGUACCCAGUGACGGUGUUAGAGGACGGCCGGUCGGUGAAGAAGGAGAGCGAGAAGAUCAAGGUGGGAGAUGUGGUUGAAGUGGUGGAGGACGAGACCUUUCCCUGUGACCUGAUUCUGUUGCAGUCCAGUCGAGAAGACGGCACUUGUUUUGUCACCACAGCCAGCCUGGAUGGAGAAUCCAACCAUAAAACACACUACACGGUGCCAGACAUUGAGAAGGACCUGCAGGCUCUCACUGCCGCCAUCGAGUGUGAACAGCCCCAGCCUGACCUCUACAAGUUCGUGGGACGAAUGCACAUUUACAAGCCGGAGCAGGAGGAAGCAGUAAGAUCUUUGGGCCCAGAGAACCUUCUCCUUAAAGGUGCUACGUUGAAGAACACCAAGAAGAUUUAUGGUGUUGCAGUGUAUACGGGCAUGGAGACCAAGAUGGCACUCAACUACCAGGGCAAAUCUCAGAAACGAUCAGCUGUUGAAAAAUCCAUCAAUGCCUUUCUGCUGGUGUAUCUAUGUAUCCUCAUCAGUAAAGCUGUGGUUUGUACUACACUGAAGUACGUAUGGCAGAGCAAAGAAGGUCAAGAUGAGCCCUGGUACAACGAGAAAACUCAGAAGGAGAAAGAAACUAACAUGUACCUGAAGAUGUUUACAGACUUCCUCUCCUUCAUGGUCCUCUUCAACUUCAUCAUCCCCGUGUCCAUGUACGUCACUGUGGAGAUGCAGAAGUUUCUGGGCUCCUUCUUUAUCAAGUGGGAUAAUGAUUUCUUUGACCCAGAGAUCGAGGAGGGAGCGCUCGUCAACACUUCUGACCUCAAUGAGGAACUUGGCCAGGUGGAAUAUGUGUUCACAGACAAGACGGGCACACUGACCCAAAACAACAUGGAGUUCAUCGAGUGCUGUAUCGACGGCUUCCAGUACAGACACAGAGAUGCCCAUGGAGAGCUGGACGGCUUCACUGUCACCGACGGGCCGCUUAAUAAAUUGCAGGAGAAGGCCGGAAGGGAGAAAGAGGAGUUGUUCCUGCGGGCCUUGUGUCUGUGCCACACAGUGCAGGUGAAGGAGGAAACUCUCAGUGACCAAAUUGAUGGGAUUGAUGGGGUGCUGCCCAAAGCGGAGGAGGAAAGAGGCUUCAUCGCAUCUUCUCCUGAUGAGGUCGCACUUGUCAAAGGAGCCAUGAAAUACGGCUUCACCUUUCUAGGUUUGGAGAAUAAAAACAUGAAGAUCAGGAACAGGCAAAAUGAUAUAGAGGAGUACAAGUUGCUACAUGUCCUGAACUUUGACCCUGUUCGGCGGAGAAUGAGUGUCAUCGUGCAAACCAAAUCAGGGGACACACUGCUGUUUUGUAAGGGAGCCGAUUCAUCCAUCUUCCCAAGAGUCAGACCAGAGGAGGUGGACAGGAUUCGACUGCACGUUGAGCGAAAUGCAACGGAUGGUUACCGUACACUGUGUGUGGCCUUUAAGCAGCUGAGCGCAGAAGAGUACGCUUUAGCAGACACCGGCCUGAGGGAAGCCAGACUGGCUCUUCAGGACAGGGAGGAGAAACUCAUGGCCAUGUAUAACCAGGUGGAGACGGGCAUGAGUUUAAUUGGAGCGACCGCCGUGGAGGACCGGCUUCAGGAAGAGGCUGCAGAGACCAUGGAGGCCUUGCAGGGUGCAGGGAUGAAGAUUUGGGUGCUAACUGGGGAUAAAAUGGAGACUGCUAAGUCCACAUGCUAUGCCUGCCGGCUGUUUCAGCGGGGUACAGAGCUGCUGGAGCUGACUGUGCGGACACUGGAGGAUGGGAGAUCGAAGCGUGAGGACAGACUUCUGGAGCUGUUAAGGGACUACCAUAGAAGAGCUGUGCAGGACGCCCCGCCGGUCAAAACAGGAGUCGUCACCAGGAGUUGGUCUGCAAAUCAAGAGUAUGGCUUCAUUAUAGAUGGGGCAACAUUGUCGUUAGUGAUGAACCCACCCCGUGAUGCGGAUGCCAGUCUCUACAGGGGGCUCUUCCUGCAGAUCUGCCAGAACUGCACUGCUGUUCUCUGCUGCCGCAUGGCACCGCUGCAGAAAGCUCAGAUAGUGAAGAUGGUGAAGAACUGCAAAGGUUCCCCAAUUACUCUCUCCAUCGGCGAUGGGGCCAAUGAUGUCAGCAUGAUUCUUGAGGCACAUGUGGGCAUUGGUAUUAAAGGUAAGGAGGGCCGUCAAGCUGUGAGGAACAGUGACUAUGCCAUCCCUAAACUCAAGCACUUAAAGAAGCUUUUGCUGGCUCAUGGGCAUCUCUACUAUGUGCGCAUUGCUCAUCUUGUCCAGUACUUCUUUUAUAAGAAUCUUUGCUUCAUCUUACCUCAGUUCCUGUACCAGUUUUUCUGUGGAUACUCUCAGCAGCCCCUAUACGACGCAGCCUAUCUGACGAUGUACAACAUCUGCUUCACCUCCAUGCCCAUUCUGGCCUACAGCCUGCUGGAGCAGCACAUAGCCAUCGAGAUUCUGCUGGACAACGCCACCCUCUACAGAGAAAUAGCCAAGAAUGCCAUGUUACGCUGGCGCCCUUUCCUCUAUUGGACAGUAUUAGGAAUAUUUCAGGGUCUCUUGUUCUUCUUUGGUGUCCGUUUUCUGUUCAGCAAUCCAGCCCUUCAGGAUAAUGGGCAGGUCUUUGGAAACUGGUCCUAUGGAACAAUUGUCUUUACAGUCCUUGUUUUUACUGUCACAUUAAAGUUGGCUCUGGACACACGACACUGGACAUGGAUCAACCAUUUUGUGAUCUGGGGCUCUUUGGCUUUCUAUGUUUUCUUCAGCUUCUUCUGGGGAGGCAUCAUAUGGCCAUUUUUGAAGCAGCAGCGUUUGUAUUUUGUGUUCGCUAACAUGCUCAGUUCCGUGUCCGCAUGGCUGGUGAUCAUCAUCCUCAUCCUCCUCAGUCUGCUGCCAGAAAUCCUCUUGGCGGUGCUUCGAAAGCCCAAAGGACCACAUUCACGACAGCUGUCAGAGGAUCCCUCGACUCACACAGACAGACGGCUGCUGUCACACCUCUCUCCUAUAAGCAUCUGAAGGAGCUCUACUGAUGUCCACAGAAGGCUUUGGGUUUAGACUACUGAUGGGACCCUCGCACCCGACAGGGUCGCUGCUCUUCCUCCUGCCUGUUUAAAGCAAACAUGAUAACGGAACCAACUUUAAACUGCUCAAACCAGGCCUUGUCUGUCAUGUCCUCUCAAAGCCUCACAUCCCAGCACGAUUCCACCAGAACUACAUUUUCAUAUGGUGUUCUGCCCUUCCCUACUGCCGGACUUUCAGAUUUAUCCCUACCAGGAUGAAUGUGUCUUUGGAUAAGUUGUCAGUAGCGCUUAACUGCUACCGAAUGUACCAACGUCCUUGCAUGAUCGCCCAAAAACAAUUCAGCUUUCACUAUUCUCCUUGGUUGAUUUCAUUUGUAGGCAGACAGUUGGCCCUCUUUUGUGACCGGUUGCCAGGUGUGACCUCAAUCCUAAAAAUCGUAGUUUAGCAUUUUGUGAUAUGUAGCUGUUUGAGAUCCCUAAAUGUGAGCUCUGUCUUUAAGAUGCUGCAACGAGGGCCCUGACCCUAUGGGUAUAAAAGCUGCCUUUCAACAACUUGCUGUUCGUUCGACCACAAAGAGUUCUGGGAUUUGUUUUCCUGACGACUUCGUAUGUACGUGUGUGUGUGUGUGUGUUUGUGAGAAAGUGAAAACCACUUUGAUUUCUGAAGAUGUUUCUUAUAAUGUACUGUUGCAGUCUUUCAUUGUUACGCUUUGUUGAAACGGGGAUCAGUUUACAGGUGGAUUACACAUUUGAGAAAUGUACUAGUGAAAAGUUGCUUGAUGCCAAAAAAAAAAAGCAUGAGGAUUCCAUCAACGCGGGUGACCGGCUCUAUUUUUCUUGUCCUCUUAUGAAGAUGAACCAUCACAUAUUAAUAUUUACGCAGUUAUUUGCAUAUUUUAAAGUGAGUUGAGCUGCUUGGUUUAUUGUGAAUGCGUCCAUUUUAUGUACCAGGCCAGUGCUUAAAAACAUGCCUUCACCUCCAUGCAGACAAUACACUUUUGUUUGUUUGUUUGUUUGUUUUUUAGAGAGAGAGAAGUUACUAAAUGAAUCACACUGCACUGACAGAUAACACUUGUGUUUCCUGCUUAUCAGAGCUUGUUUUCUCCCAUUGAUCAUGCUGGGUCUGUAAUGUGCUGUAAUCCGGGUUAUGCUUCUGUUUAUUGGCAUCUGUUGGUGCAGUGUGACUUGUCCUUAAUGAUGGUCAAAUCAGAGCUGUGGCUCUGGUAAAUAUUAAAGCCUGCCCUCUAGUGGUUUGGAGGACAUGCGAUCUUCUUUCUUCGCUUUUGAAUACAUUCCAUUACAAUCUACGUGCCAUAAUUUCAGUCACUUUUUAGAAUAUAAUUGUUUUUGUAAUUCUAUUUGACAUAUUUAUUGUACCUAUUGUUGUUCUACUCACAGAUGCUCUAUUUUUGUCAGAGGUAUUUCAUUCUCUUUUUUUAAUUGUGAAUCAUUAUCAGCUUGUGCCAAUUGUUUUGUUGUUUUGCCUGUGCAAUCCGCUGUUGAACAGAUUGGGUUUCUGUCUGCCUGAGCAGACCCUGUAGACCAGCAGCUCUGGGCUCGUUCUCUGAUCAGAGAUCAUCUUGUAAUAUAUGGUGUGAAUGCAGCUGAAAUCUGCAUCCCUUUAAUAUGAAUGAUCUGUUACUCUGUUUGCUUCUAGUCCAAAAUGGGUGUUAAAAAGCCAAUGUCUGGCGUUUUUCUUGAUUAUGUUUCUCUUAAACGAUGCCAUAUGAAAGAUGCCCCAUUCCAGCUUCAGCUAUAUCUUCAAGUGUGCGUGUGUGUGUGGAUUAUCUAAGGGGAAGUGGUGUGUGUUAGACCUCUGACUGUGUCAUGAUGCUAAGCAUCUUAAGCUCAGCUCUCAAUCUUGGGCUGAGUUUAAUCCAGCUGUAUCACAGCCUUGCGUACCGCCAGGCCUUCUUUUCAUUUCUGAUUGUGAAUCAGCUUUCCAAAGGAAAUGUAUCAGAGCUCUGGAAUGGAUAUAUUUGCUUGUCAGCUAGACGGGUGUCCGGUUGGAGAGGUGCUUCAGUGUGAACAUUAAUCCAACAUGAGCCUUUUUUCAUUUUUGUCAGUGCAUGUGUGACCACUAAUGCCACCACUGGAUUGAACCCUGGUGAGCUCAUACACACAUUCUACAUCACAUCUUCAUGCGUUUGCUCAGUUCAGGAGGGGGAAACAGAACUUGCCUGCAAUGUUUGAAAUUUCCAAACAGACCUUUAAAUUACUUCAGAGAUGCUAUUUUCAAAGCUUAUGAUAAUUCUUGGAUUCUCAUGUUGCCUGAAAAAAAAAAAUCUAUAUAAAUAUUUGAUUGUAUUUUUAAUGAAACUUUUUGAGGCACUUUUUAUAAGAAAAAGAAAAUGACUAUUUAAAAAAAGCUAUGAAAGGCGGCCUGAAUGUGGAGCGUGAGACAGGGCUGAGGUGUGAGGUGAAUCAGGCAUCAUCACAGUCAGCCCUCCUCCCUCCAUCAUGUCCCUCAGGCUCCAGCUGAUCUGAAUGUACCUCUCAAGACCAGUCUGUUUCAAACAUGUUUUCUUUAAUAAAAGCUGUUUUAAAAGAA